UUCACCCUCACUUUUCCUUGGAUGGGAAGCCUAAGGAUGGAAGAGCCAUGGUGGAAAGGAGACCUUGCAGCAGACGUUCACCAGACCUUGAGACUAAAGGAGCUGAAACUGCCAGUCUACAAGGCCCAUUCUCCGCAAAUCGAAAGACGACGCUAUUUUGCUCACCUCCUUACUGUCCUCAGCAGCCGUUGCCAACUUUGUCCCACAGCUCGGCACCUUGCUGUCUACUUGCUGGACCUUUUUAUGGACCGCUAUGAUGUCACUGUCAAGCAGUUGUAUGUCAUUUCAAUUGCAUGUCUUCUCCUUGCAAGCAAAUUUGAAGAGAAGGAAGACAAAGUGCCCAAACUAGAAUUGCUGAACAACUUCACUUACAUGUGCAGCGUUAACCUAGUGCUUACAAAAAAAGACCUGCUGAAGAUGGAAUUGUUGCUCCUGGAGAGCUUCAACUGGAAUUUGUGUCUGCCAACCCCAGCGCACUACAUUGACUACUACCUCUUUGCCUCUGUCAAUGAGGGUGACCUCCACAAAGGCUGGCCCAUCUCAUCUGUCACCAAGUUCAGAGCCAUCAUGGAAAAAUACUCUCAUUCAUUCCUAGAAGCUUCAUUGCAAGAUCACGUUUUUCUCUCUUUUCGGCCUUCUGUGGUUGCUGCUGCUUGUGUGGGUGCCUCCCGCAUCUACCUUGAGAUCUCUCCCUCAUGGACUACCCAGCUCCAGCUGCUGACAUGUUAUUCCUGGGAACAUCUUGCUCCCUGCAUUGAACUCAUGCUUGGCAAAGCUCACAGUAAGGACCCCAGAGAAGCCACGAAGGAAAAAGAUUGUGUGACCCUGUUGCAACAGCCACAGCAGCAAGUCAUGGAAAGCCUAGCCCUUCAGACCCCAACUCAGGUUCUCUUCCAGCAGCCACGGUACCACCCCCUGGCCCAGCCCUCGGCCAUCCUGCCGCAGUUCUGUUCCCCGAUACAGGAUCUGUGCUCUGCUUAUCGGGACUCCCUGCAAGCUCCUCGACCCAGUGGCCUCGCCUCAGGGAACAGUGCACUGUGUACCUAUUCUGCCCUGCAGGAGAACUUCCAACCUGUUUUGCAGACCAUGUCUGUCCAAGGGCCAAUCACAAUGCAGGUUGCCAUUUCGACAGAAGCCAGGCAUUGCCUCUCAUUGAUCUACGGCAGCAGCUACUUCAGCAGGCAUCAUUCAUACACAGCAGGCUGUUUUGAUGGCUGAGCGCCUGUGGAA